GGAGGGGGGGGGGUGGAGAUUAAAAAGCCACGUAUGGGAUCCACCUGAAGGAUCAGAAAGAGAGAAAUAGUGGUACCGGUGUUUUCGCUAACUGCAACAGAUGUCCUGCGACAGAUCGAACUCUUUGCAGCCGAUCUUCUCUCAGUUUGUUGGCCUUUUGCUUGCACAAAGGAUUGGUGUGUUGUGGCAGUCUUAAUCGUAGGAAAGUAAGAGAAAAUGUCUUCAUCAAUUCUGACCCGGGGUCUGUCGUCAUUUCUGUUUAAAUCGUUUGCAAUUGGAUCGUCGAGUGUGGCCGGUAGGACGGUCGGACAGCCCAACCAAUCGUUGUUCCACUCCACCAGUAAUACCGUGCCGGAUGAUUCGAUGCAAUUCGAUAAAUUGCGCACCGUUGCCAGUGCCUGCAUCCACCUGUUUGUGACCAUUGGCCUUACCGUGCUUGCGGUGAUCUAUACGCUGCAACAGUGCGAUACCGAUAGCACUUGUCAGUACUACUACAUGCUGCUGUAUCUGCGUGGAGUCUAUUGGGCAAUCAUCUACCUGAUCCACUUGUACAGUAAGAGUCGCCAUCUGGGUUUAAAGCGCGGUGGGUAUCAUUCGUUCGCCAGAAAGGUGCACCGGCACAAAAAGUCGAGCUUGCAGCUGGUGACCCUUUCAAACACGGUGUUGCUGCUCGUCCAUACGAUCCUGAGUCAUGUGUAUCGUGGAGCCUUCCUUCAGCAGUGUUUCACACAGGGUUUUUCGUCCGUUGUGUUUGUGGCCUUCUUCACUUUGUUCGAAUCUUUGAUCCUCAUCCCGAUACAGCUGUCUUAUAUUGUCCACGUGCGUGUGUUCAACUUAACCCAACCGUCUCCGGAUGUGCUUGUGAAGGAAGAUGUGCUGAGCAUGGAAAUUUGUCCUACCGAAGAUUACAGCGUCAACGAAAGUUUCAAGAGCGUCACCGACACCAAGGAAUUCAUUCAGCUACAGUCAGUUCUGAUCCGCAACCUGAAGCACCAGAACGAACACCUUCGUGCCAAGAUACGAGAAACACGUGAAACGGCCGAGAUCAUGGCUGGCCACCAAUCGGUAAACUACUCGCUGGCAGAGCAGUCGCUUAUUGGAGUUUAAUGUUCCCGUUGAAUAAUGUUACCGGUUUUCUGUCGUUGUACACGUCUCGAUCGUGUAUACGAUGUACUAACUGAAAAGCUCAAUUAAAUAAAAGGUUUGGUAGUGUUCAGCAGCAUA